GUUGCUAUGGUUACAGGAACACAACUGGGAACGUUAGUUUGCUGCCGUUUGGCGUUAGUGGUCGACCAACAGGAGAUAAAACACACAUUAAUGUACAUAAAACAAAACUAAAACAGUAUUUUUCGGUAUUUUUGGCGAGGACAGCUUGUGACAAUUAAUGUCUGUUAAUUUAAACUUCGCGGCUGAACAAUUUUUGGGCAUUUAAUUCACGGAAAUUCACGAAAACAUCAUGGACGUGGGAGAAAAACUUAAAGAACUUAAGAUGACAGCGGAUGAAAUCAGCAGAUUCACUGAUGCCUUUAAAGAUGAGAAAUUCAGGGAAAUGCUGCGCGACUACGCACAAGAAAUAUCAGACCCUGCGAAUAAGAAAAAAUAUGAAGAGGAGAUCAAACUUCUGGAGCAGGAGAGAGGAAACAACAUCGAGUUUAUCCACCCGGAACCAUUCAGGGCUCUCAGGACAAGUGUGAACGGCAAGCAGAAGUGCUACAUCAACAUCUGCGCCAAUGAAAAAGUCGGUAAACCUGAAUGUAAGUGGGGGGUGUCUGAGGAAGGCCGCAGAGGACAGUGCUGGUCCCUGCCUCACAGUCUGCACCCCGGGAGACAAGACACAGACCCAAAGGGAAACAAAAUCAUGAUCUAUGAUGUUAUUUUCCACCCUGACACCCUUCACAUAGCAAGGAGAAACACCAGAUUCAUGGAUAUGGUGGAUAGCACAGCCAUUCAGGGGAUCCAGGAUGCUUUCAAGGUGACUCUGGACAAAAGCAACGUGAGAGAGAUGAGCACCAAAUAUAAAGGCACACCUCAGGCUUGUGUCAUGCGAAAACCCAUACCUGGGUAUAAAGCCAGGGUACCCUCAGAGCAGCCUGACCCUCUUGCCUUCCCAUACCCGGAUGAAAAAAAACCUACCACAUCCCCAGCAACAAACAACAGCAAACCUAUCCAGCCUCAGAAACCCAAAGAGCCCACCAAGCCAGACUAUACAGUAAAAUAUAGAUCAUUCAUCGAUCUGCAGGACUUCAGAUGUUCCAGAGACUCAGCCAGGAGCCCCAGGCCUAAAGCGAUUGUGGUCACCAUCUACGUGCCGCUUCUGAAGUCAGUAACAGAUGCCAACCUUGAAGUAAAAGAGAAAAACCUGCUUCUGGAGUCCAAGACACCCGCCUACAGACUGGAGCUGCCCUUAGCCUACCCUGUGGAUGAGGAUAAAGGAGAGGCCAAGUUCAACAGACAGAGAGGACAGCUGACAGUCACACUGCCCGUUCUUCCUUCUGAUGAGGCAUUUGAGUUCGCAGUAGGGACCGCUCAGGCUGUUAGUGAUGACGAUGAGAGGCAGGAGGAGAAGGUGGAGGAGGAGGAGGAGAAGGAAGGUAACAAUGGUGAGGAGGAGGAAAGAGAGGUGGAAGAGAAGCAGCAAAAUAGAGAAGUGGAGAAAAGUGAAGAAGAGGACAAUAAAUAUGAGAUGGAAGAGGAGGAGACAUGGAAGCAGCAGAUGGAAGUUGAGAAAAGUGAUGAGAUUUAUGAAAGCAGAGUGGAGGAGGAGGAGGAGGAGAAAUUGAAAGAGCAGAAAACUGAGAAAAGGGAAGCCAAAGAGAGAAAAGAAACUGGGAAACAGAAACAGCAGGAUGAGCUACAUGAAGAUAGAACGUUACAUAACAGAGCAGCACUAAAAAAGGAUUAUUGCGGAACAAGUUCUCAGUGUGAUACGAGUGAAAAGCACCAACAAACAAUACAAAAAGAAGAAAAGACAACAGAGACUGUAGAUGGAAACUUGAAGGUGGAAAUCCAUGCCGCAUCAAACCAGGAAUCCCAUACUGAUGUUGUUUCUUCCAAACCUGCGACGACCAACACUUCAAGCCCAAACAGCGUGGAGGACUGCUGCGUUCCUGAGCGGGCCGAAGAGUCCAGCAAAGCGCCUGCACUGGAUGAAGAGAACAAGUCAAGACUAGGAGGCAACAGGGUCACCCGCUUCUCCGAAGAACACACUCUGGGCUCAGAGGAGACAAUUGAAGAUGACCUGCCAACAGAGCAGAUCAUCCAAAACCCAGAGCCUGAUAAGAAGCCGCCGCCUGUCUUAUUAAGGGAAAUUGAUCAAGAUGGAAAUGAGACGGUCAUCAGUGAUCACUCCACAUCGGCUGACUUCACCUUCCAAAACUCCCUCCUGUAUGAGCUGGACUGAGCAGAUUUUGAAAGUCGUAUCAGUCAAAACUUCAGCAGUGUCUCAUAUUAAAAGGACGUUCAUAUUUUCACUA